AUGACCUCUUAUCGAGCAACAAAAGCUGCUAUUCUAUCCCAAGCCAAUAAGGAGAAACGGCUCAUCAAAGCGAAGCGCCUUCUCGCUGGCACGCGCAAAAAGGAUCAUCUUAUCACCAUCUUCUCGGACGAGAAACUCUUCAGUGUCGAGGCUGAAUUUAAUAGCCAAAACCACCGAGUGCUGGCCACAAAUAUUCAACAAGCAGCUGAGCGUGGUAAAACAAUCCAUCGAGCCUCUCAUCCUGCGAGCAUCAUGGUUUUCGGAGCGGUUUGCUAUGAUGGGAAGUGUCCGCUUGUUUUCGUUGAUAAAGGCGUGAAAAUCAACCAAAAAUACUACGUUGAGGAGAUUCUGGAGAAGCAUGUGCUACCGUGGGCUCAAAACCACUUCGGUCAGAAGAAAUACAUCUUCCAGCAAGAUGGAGCGCCUGCUCAUACCGCAAAAAUGGCUCAACAGUGGUGCAAGGACCACUUCCCCGCCUUCAUACCAAAGGACGAAUGGCCGGCUUCGUCGCCUGAUCUGAACCCGCUCGACUACUCCGUAUGGGGAGUUCUGCAGAAUAAGGUCUGCGCAAGACCUCAUGCAAAUAUCGAGGCCCUGAAGAAGUCGUUGUCUGAGGAAUGGGACAAAUUAUCCGUCGAAUACCUGCGUGCCACCAUUGAUGCCUUCCCUCGACGACUUCGUGCCGUGGUCGCUGCCAAAGGAGGUAGAAUCGAAUAA